UCCAUACGUUUUUACGUCAACGCAGCGGAUCUACAAAAAAAAAAAAGCGAACUGUAGAUGUGUGUCCUAAACAUGCCUCGAGUCAGCCGUUGUGGGGGCCACAAUAUGACCCGGAAUGGACUUCCUUGCUGCAUGUAAACACCAGUUUAGUGUUGCUAAAGCUACCGGCGCAUUAACCCGGAGUUUAGCCGAGCUUUUUAUCUAUUUCAAGAGAAGAUGGCGGAGUUCUCACCCGUGCUGCCGAUGCGGGAUGGGGGAGGACGAUUUGCCCAGCCCAUUUUCCCUCGGUCCAGGUCCGGUUCCGAGUCUGACAGCGAACUGUCCCAGAGUCUAGCCCGCACCAAAAUCCGCUCGUACGGGAGCACCGCCAGCGUCACGGCCUCCCUGGGGGAGAAAUACAUAGAGCAUCGGGUUACAGACAGUGAUACUCUGCAGGGCAUUGCUCUCAAAUACGGCGUCACGAUGGAGCAGAUCAAGAGAGCCAACAAGCUGUUCAAUAACGACUGCAUCUUUUUGAGGAACAGCCUCAACAUUCCCGUGGUGUCGGAGAAGCGCUCCAUUUUCAACGGACUGUCUCUGGAGUCCCCCGACGGGGAGUGUGAGACGGCAUGCCAGGACAUCGAGGGACCCUCGCCGCCUUCUUCCCCACCUCCUGCGGAGGAGUCCAAACCACCCCAGCCAGAGGAGCUGUCAGCCAAAGACUUCUUACACAGACUGGACUUGCAAAUUAAACAGUCAAAGCAGGCUGCACGCCGGCUCAAAGAAGAGGAAGUGAGGAACAAUGAGGAGAGCUACACGGCCCCCAACACGUCCUACCAGGAGACGUAAAAGAGCAAGCAGUUCACCUGUAGCCCAUAAACACACACACAUCUAUGUACACCACAACCUCAUUGUUAAUGUUUUUAUCUGGUUUGUGUUUACUAUGUUCCAGAGUGGUUUUGUUUGCCUUCUUAUUUAUUGAAUGGGAACUAUUGGAGUGUGUUUUGUCAUUUCUGCUGUGUGCAGCAGCUCCACACGCGUGUGAAGCUGCUGCACCGAUCACACCUGCUGCUUACGUUCAGUCACAGCGCCAAGCCAGUCCUGGGUUACCCCGCUGGACGCUCUUUAACUGCUUCGAAUGCUCUAAAUCUCCUCCUAGAACAGGAUCAUUGAAGAGUAUUUUCAAGCCUUCCUCAUCAGUAUGAGCAAACACCCCCAAUGAUGGGCAGUUGGGUCGACACGAGCAAUUCCACAGCUCUCAUUCACCUCAAGUUUGUUCUUUUCUUUGCAAAAAAGGAUCUAUUUAGUUUUCCUUUUUGACGCGUGAAUGCAUUAUUUAUGUAAUAAGUCUUUAACAAAGGUCUUAUUGUGCUUUUAAUAUUCUGUUGGUUUUAUUUGUUGAGAAUAAAUCUAUAUUUAAACCCCAAA